UUGGACUUUGCGUCACCUUAGCCACGCCCACGAUUGUUUUACCCAAUAGGAUGCGAGGGCUGUCUAUUGACGGUCGCCUGUCAACAACUGGUCGGCGAGGAAGCAAAAGUGACAUUUGCAACAGUAUACAAUUUAUUUUUCUACCAACCCCGCGUCUUUAUUUCGCUAUUUGUGGUAAUACGCAGAAAAAGUAAUGUCCUGACGCGAGUUAGCCAGUUGGCUAGUUCCGAGCUAGCUACUACGUAGCUGGCUUUGCUGUUGUAAGGACGAUCUGCAGUCAAGUGUGGUGGCGUGGCCAGCCAUUAAAACUAUCCAUCUUCUCUAAACGAGUCCAGGUAUUCUGCUUCCUCCUGAGAGGUCUUUCCAAUAGAACAGCCUGCCAUGGAUCCUUUUGACAGUAACAAUUCAGAGCGAGCCAGCCUGCCAAGGAACAUGAUUGAGAAUAGCAUGUUUGAAGAGGAGCCUGACAUUGUGGAUCUGGCCAAAGACUCCACAGCAUAUCCGACAUUUCCAACUCUUGACCCAGAUGAGGUGGUGUAUGAGCCUCGCAGCUCUCGCCUGCUGGUGCGAGGCCUGGGUGAGAAUGAUGUGGAUGACGAUGAGGAGGACUGUGAAUCGUCAGCCCGACUACUAGGCAUGUCUUUCAUGAAUCGCAGCUCUGCCCAGAGAUCUAACUCCUCCCCUUAUGCCAGACAGACUGCACCCAGAUCUUGUUCACCUCCCUCAGCCCGCACCACAGUUGUUUGUGUGUUAUUUCUGGUAAUAGUGGCCUCCAUGACCAUGGUAUUGUACUUUUUGCCUGGGUGCACCUUUACUAAGAAGGGUUGCCCAAAACCAGAUAACAAGACGUCUAAUGGCACUGAUGGCGAACUCUUCCCCUGGGCACAAUUUCAGCUUCCUCGCAGCAUAAGUCCUCUCAGCUAUGACCUCACCUUGAGCCCUGACUUCGACAACAUGGCUUUUACUGGCCACGCUGUCAUUAACAUGUCAGUACUUCACAACACCAAACGCAUUGUCUUGCACAGUGCUAAUCUCAACAUUACCAAAGCUACUUUCAAGCUUGGUGACGGGGACGCCAGUGAAGUUGCUAUUCUCGAAUACAAACCCAGACAACAGAUUGCUGUUAAGUUCUCUGAAGACCUGAAGGCAGGACAGAACUGUGUGCUGACUCUGGAUUACACUGCUGACCUAUCACACGCCUAUAAUGGUUUCUACAACAGUUCCUACACUGAUGAAGUUGGUCACAAAAGGGUUCUAGCAGCUACCCAAUUCGAGCCACUCUAUGCUCGGAUGGCCUUCCCUUGCUUUGAUGAGCCAUCAUUCAAAGCCACUUUUAAGGUUAAAAUCAACAGGAAACCAGAAUACAUGGCCCUCUCCAAUAUGCCCAAGGUGAAGACAACGUCCCUUGCCAAUGGCUUGAUGCAGGACGAAUUUGCAAAGACCAAAGUCAAAAUGAGCACCUACUUGGUAGCAUUCAUUGUUGGUAACUUCACCCCCACCAGCAAAAACGUCUCUGACAUUUUGGUGUCCGUGUACAGUGUUCCAGAGAAGAAGAAUCACACGGACUACGCUCUAGACACAGCAUCCAAACUACUGGAGUUUUACAACGACUUCUUUGAUAUUAAAUAUCCUCUUCAGAAACUAGACUUGGUAGGCAUUCCAGACUUUUUGGCAGGAGCCAUGGAGAACUGGGGUCUGAUCACCUUUAGAGAGACCACCCUGCUGGUGGGGACAAAAUCCUCUCCUCUGGAAAAACAAGUUGUUGCUUCGGUCAUCGCUCAUGAGCUGGCUCAUCAGUGGUUUGGAAACUUGGUCACAAUGAGCUGGUGGAGUGACCUUUGGCUCAAUGAAGGCUUUGCCACCUACAUGCAGUAUAUGUCACUGCAGACAGUGCUCCCACAGCUGGACAUUGGCAACUUGUUCUUAGCAAUGAGGUUCCGUGCCAUGGACAAAGAUGCACUCAACUCCUCCCACGCCGUGUCUACUGAAGUCAACACAGCAGAGCAGGUGGAAGAGAUGUUUGACUCGGUCUCCUAUGAGAAGGGGGCGUCCAUUCUUCUGAUGUUGAACGCCUCCUUGCCAGGUGAUCAGCAGUUCAGAAAAGGUAUCAUUCAGUAUCUGAAACAGUUCAGUGGAUUAAACACAGACACCGAUGACCUCUGGAACAGUCUUACAGAGGUUGAAGUCCCAAAUCAGCAUCCCAAUGUGUCAGAGAUGAUGAGGUCAUGGACAUACCAGAAAGGCUUCCCAUUGGUCACUGUGUCCCGCAAGGGGGAUCAAGUGACCUUAACACAGGAGCACUUCCUGCUCAAGUCGGACAACACCUCACACUCCUCCAGCAUGUGGACUGUUCCAGUGACGUAUGUGAAUGACAGCUGUAGUUUGUCUCCGGAGUGUGCACAGUUGUUCACUCUGAGUACCAAGUCAGGGACUCUUAAGGUGCCAGAAAGUGUGAAGUGGUUGAAGCUGAACUACAGGAACACAGGCUUCUAUAUUGUCGACUAUGGAGACGAAGGCUGGGGUGCUCUGAGAGACGCUCUGUCUAACAACUUCGAAGUUCUUACACAGGAGGACCGUGCCUCUCUGAUACACAACAUCUUCUCUCUCUCCAAACUGGGACGUGUGUCCUUCCGUCAAGUCCUCAGCCUCCUAAACUACAUGCCCAAUGAAACUGAGACGACUCCUGUGAGAGAGGCCUUGCUGCAGCUCAACAACGUUUACCAUCUGCUCCACAAACGAUACGAACAAGGCCUUGUCACUCGCAUGAAGUUGUACAUUCUGAAUCACUUUGGUGCGCUGAUGGAGAACCAAACAUGGACCAAGGAAGAGAGUGUGUCCAAGCAGGAGUUGCGUUCAGCCCUCCUGGAGACAGCUUGUUAUCUGGGUGAAGAAAAAUGCAUGCAGCAAGCCAAAAAGCAGUUUAAGAAGUAUGUCGACUCCAAUGGAACCACCCAGAUCCCAGGCGAUCUGCAGCGAGUUGUAUUCAGUGUGGCUGCUCAGUCCGUUGACGACUGGGGAACACUGCUCACCAUGUAUCAGUAUGCCACCUAUGACUCAGAGAAGGAGAAGAUGCUACAAGGAUUAGCUUCCACUCAGGACACACCCAGUAUUAUAUGGCUUCUCAGUGCAGGCUUGAAGGGCAACAUCAUUCCGACACAGGAGCUUCCGUUAGUCAUCAGCACUGUCUGCAGAAGCUUUGCUGGCAACUUGUUUGCUUGGGAUUUCAUUCAGGAGAACUGGAACCAGCUCAUAGAAAAGUUUCCAGUAGGUUCCUUUGCCAUCCAAAGAAUAAUCAAGUCUGCCACUUCUCAGUUCUCCACACAGUCUCAUCUUAAUCAGGUGCAGAGUUUCUUGUCCAGCCUGAAGGAACGCGGCUCUCAGUUGCGGAGCGUGCAGGAAGCGUUGGAAACCAUCCGACUGAACCAGCGCUGGAUGGAGAGAAACCUUCCUUCGUUUCAUAAAUGGCUGUAAGGCAGGCACAACCUCCAUUUUCCUCUCCACUCCUGCCCGCAUUUAACGUGGCCCACUGGCGCACGUUGUCAAGACAACUUUUUGCACUAUUGUCCUAGCUCUGUUUAACCAGGUCUGAGUACGAGUCAGUGUUCGAGCUGGCUGGACCGGGUGAUCUUCUCAUGUAUUGCUCCUGUGAGAUGUUAGCAAGCUCAGGACGGCUCUGAUUGUAUCUGACAGCGUGAUGUCAGGUCUAAACACUCCUCACACUUGAAGCUGUCAACCAAACCUUACAACAGACAAUCGUGCUGUCCAAUUUGCUUUACAGACACUUGUCUCCAUCAGCCUUUUUCCAGCCAUUGCAUGAGCUGGUCAAGCUCUGCUCCUAAAAGUAAUAUGAAGAAUGACAACGUUACAGUAUUUUCUGCCCAUAAGACCUGGACUGUCUCUUUGCUUUAAUAUAUUGACUCUGCUGUCAGGGAUUCCUCAUGGGCUUGCUGCCUAACUGAGAAUUGUUUCCUCAUGGUAAAAUCUACAGUAUCAAGAUCAGCCUGUAAUUAUGCAUUCUGUAUAUUCAUGGAACCUGGAGCAUCUGUUGUCAUUACUAAGAUAGACGUUGGCUGAAUGUGCAGGGGAAAAAAAACUUCCCACUAUGUACAGUAGAUGGCGCAGUACACCACAUUGACUUCAUUGUUUCCAUUUCUCUCCAAAUCCUGGUUUGAUAUAUUUUAAGAGCAGUGAUCACUCCGUUCAUUCUUGUAGUUCCCAUAGUUGUAAUGUAAAAAUAUUUGACUCCACAACAGCAGUUUGGACAUGCUGUUUUAUCUUAACACAUUUGACGUGACUCAACCUGCCUUUAGCCUUCGCUUGUGUACAUAGAAUGUAAAGAGGGCAUUUAUCGCGAGAAUUUGAUUCAGGCUCUUGGCCAAACACCUUUUACUGUGUUUCUUGGAUGCAUACCACCGCUGGGAGGUCGCUUGCUGAGGAAUUGUUUGUUUAAGGGCUAAGAAUGUUUAUAUGGUUUAUGUGACCUCAUCUUGAUACAAAGGUUUAAAGUUACUCCAGCUCCAGAGUAUAGAGCUGUCUGGCUAUUUGUUAUCUUUACUUGACCCCCAGCACACCCACACCCCGUUUUGUUGGUUCCCAAAUGUAUUAGUGACAGAUGUACAGAUAAUCAUUUUUAUCAUACACAUUUAACAUCUUCUCACAGUACAGGAGUUACCAUGUAUGUUCCAGGUUACCGUGUUCCAUUUAAAAGCACAGCGUAUCCAAUUUAAUAUGCACCUUUUGUGCAUUUUUUUAGUCUCUAGUGACAGUGUAAAAACAGUCACUGCAAUGAUGUGGAAUGAGACAGGAGAUGAGAUAACAUCAUGAGGCGUAAACCUUGCAGAAGCUCUGACAAAGUGCAGCUAUGCUGAAGAUACACAUCACGUCACGGGACUCAAUCAUCAGCACAUCAUCUGAAUGUUUCUGAUGAACCGAGCAGGGUUUGCACCCGUCGUGAAAAGCAUUCACACAAUGAUGCUUUGUUGAAAUUAAGAAAACACUGAGAAAUUGUUGUUGUUGUUGUAUGAGGUGUUUUGUGAGGGUUAAAGUUCCCUGGGGGAGCUAUAUCUGUGUGUGGCUCAGGGCGCACAGUGUUGUCUCACACUGGUUCCCAUCCCUAAACUGCUCCUGCGCCCUCUAGCCUUGAACACCCUGAGACACAUUUACAAACAUGUCAUUCAUUGUAAGUGCGUCCCACUUUCUUUUUAUUAUUAAAAUGUACACUUGGGCAUGCACAAUCUAAUUAGAUCCAAUAAGAGCCAAAUGAAAAAUUGUGCUUUUUGGAUGACAAUGCUCAAUUUUGACAGACUGACACUGUCAGAGAAUGUAUGUAUGGUUGUUAUCUGCAUGCAGUACACGAUGCUGCCACAGAGUAAAAAUUAAUCACAGAUUAUCGUCAGAUAGCAUGCAAAAAUUACACAGAUUCCAAAAAUGAAAUGCUAUCAAUAACAGUAAUAAAUAUUAUAAUAAUAAACUUUUUAUAUAGCGUCUUUUACCAGACAUAGUACUUGAAGUACUUUUCUGGCAUCAUUUCAGCUGUUGAUAUUCUAGCAGAAAAAGGCCAUUCAUGAUUCCCAUAAGGGUUGGGGCUGAGAUAAAUAAUAAUACUCCUGAUUGCUCACCUUUCGACAUACACAUAGCAAAGAAAUGUUAAUGUGCGGCUGGCAGCAUCGAUAGAGUAUGUAGAAAAUCAAACAUUCAUAUAUAUUCAUUUGUCUGUGGCAGUCCAAUGUAAAUCUAGCAUUGUGGUGCUGUUGUAAAUGCUGUUUGCAGGAUUAAACUACAAAACCUAUUUCCAUUUAACUUUUUCAAACAUGUUGGUACAAUAUUUUUUUUUCACUUUUCACAGUUGCAGUCUGUUUGCAUUGGGGCAAUAGCCUGUCGGAUGCGUUGAACUAAAUUAAACUAAAGCCACAGUAACCGUUUUUCACAGAGAUCUUGCAAAAUAGACAAAUGAUACUACUGGGAUACUACUACAAAUGUUUGCUUUUAUACGCAGAAUCCCCCAGUCCGUCAUUUGAUAGGUGCGAUGAGGUCAGCACCAAUGUGUGGUUUGGUGAACAAAGCGCUUGUCAGACAUACUGUAUAAACUACAGGGUUGUAGAAGGCAAGUGUUGGCAUUCUUCUCGUCUAUGCCUCCUUAAUGAGUUUGUCACUGGGACAGAAAGCAUACUGUACACUAUGUCAUGAGCUCAAAUUGAUCAAGACAUAUUGGGGAGAAGAAUGUUCACAGAUUUGAGAAUGUGUUUCAGAAGCAUUUAACAAAAAAGUGCAUCUCUUUUAUUGUAGGAGCUUUAUCAGAGGCUCUUAUCUUACGAUUCAUCAGCAGCCAUUGAAUCAUCGAGGAACAUGACAUGUGCAACGAUCAGUAAUGAUGUCCUUUUUUUGCGUUGGGAUUAAAUGAUUUCUAUAUUUCAUUUUGGGGUGAGGUUGUGUGAACAAAUAAAGUUUUCUUUAUCUGGA